AUGCAUUACUCAGCUGGUGUGAGCACAAACCUCUGCGUUUUGCGCCGGAGACCGCUUGAGUGCAACUGCUUCACUGUUUGCAGCUCGGUGCCAAAGGUGGCCUCUGGCGGGGUGCCGCGUCGACCCCAACUGGAUUUGCUAUCGGAGCUCCAGCAGACUGACAGCAGUUUUCCUGUUACGGGCAUUCUGUCAACAUCUGUGUCGGGGGGUGCCAGUGAGGAGACUGAGGGGGCCUGCUCGACCUCCGACCAGGUAUCCGAGAUAGCCAAUGAGGUGGCUGACGCCGAGGUGGAGUUUGGGGGCGAUUACGCAACGGCCACGAGUUCCAGUCAAAACACGGUCAUUACGAGCACUUCAACCCUAAAACCCGCCAACUCUUGCCAUUCGCUCGCGUCGCCACCCAGCACGAAUGAGGCCGGCAAGUCCAAGUUUUCUUUAUUUGCUAUCUCCCCAUGGUGA